ACAGUAGGCGUGCGGGGAGGGAGGGCUUAGACGCUGGGCGAAAAAGUUUUGUUUGCCUCGUCUGGACUGGAAGUUUUAAACUUACACUGCCUUCGAGGGAAAUCAUGAUCACAUCUAGCGCUAAUCUGCUGCUGCUGCUCCCAGAAGUGUUUGGCCAAAGUCUGAUCUAGCAGCCAGUUUUCGCUGUAAACUAUGGCCAGCGGGAACCAGACAGAGGUGUAUUUGUCAGAGCGGGUGGUGGUGCUGUGUACCUGCGCGCUGUCCGUCCUGGGCUCCUCUCUCAUCAUCCUCACACACAUUAUCUGGACGGACCUGAGGACCACCCCGCGGAGGCUGCUGGUGUUCCUCUCGGUGACCGACUGGCUGUCGGCCGUCUCCUACGCCUUCGGAGUCUGGAGCGUUUUCCGCAGCGACUCGACCGAGUGCGUCGCUCAGGGAGCCAUAUCCACUUUCUCGAACACCAGCAGUUUCUUCUGGACCGUGUCCAUCGCCGUGUACCUCUACGUCUUCAUCGUCAGGUCGAGCCAGAGGGUCGCCGACAGCCUGGUAGUGCUCUUCCACCUGGUCAGCUGGGGCGUUCCUCUGGUCAUCACUGUCACCGCUGUGUGCCUCAACAAGAUCGGCUACGAUGCAUCGGAGGUGUCUGUGGGCUGGUGCUGGGUCAGGAUCGAGGCUCCGGAUCGGGUCUUGUGGAUGCUGCUGACUGGAAAGAUCUGGGAGUUGCUGGCCUACCUCACUCUUCCUGUGCUCUAUAUCUUGAUUAAGAGGCAUAUCCACAGAGCGCAUGCGGCCCUGUCAGAAUACCGUCCCAUCUUGGCCACCAGACCUCCGUCGCAGUCCUUCUCCUCCAUGGCAGAUGUCAAGCUAACUCUCAUCCCCAUCAUCUUCAUCGUCCUGCGCAUCUGGAGCACGGUGCGCUUCAUGCUGCUGCUGGCUAACUCUCCGGUCAGACAGAACCCGGUGUUGGUCACACUACACGGUAUCGGUAACACGUCUCAGGGAGCAGCCAACUGCGUCAUGUUUGUGUUCUUUACUCAGCCCAUCCGCUCUCGUCUCUGCACUACGCUCUGUUGCUGCUGCUCCAACUGUCGAGCCGAGGCGCCGCACUUGGACGGUACCCCACAGCGGCACCAGGCGAGACGGGACUCGAGAGGAGAAGAAGAAAAGGACGGUGCCAGUGGAGUGCAGCGGGAGAGAUGAUGCCUCGCUCUGUGACCAGUGAAACCGGGCUGAACCGCUGAGGUGAAGGAAGCGGUUGAGCAGGAAAGCCUUAUGAGAGCGCGGGAUGGAGAUGCUGCAGAUGCAUUGUCUAGGUUACAUACUUGCACUCUGGGUGUUGGGUUGAUGCUACCUGAAUUACACUGAUACUUACCUGAGCACUUGAUGACUUCUUAAAAUGAUGUGUCACUUAUGGUUCUUCUGCUAUGUCUCUUGAGUCUGUUACACCAAAUGAAGGACAAGUUACUGUAGCACCUCUGUUUAUCAUGUACUGUAACAAAGUUACCACUGUGAAGUAACGGUUGGGCAAUCUUCAUAUUUUGUCCAACUGAUUGUGCUUCCAAAUGACAUAAAAGAAGAUAAUCUGCCAAAACAUCUUUACUCUGUUGAUGUCACUGAUUAGAAGGUUUCGCAUUACUCCAAAUGUGCCUGCUGGACUUGAAAUGUUGUUUCCUCUUAUUUUAAAAUGUCUUAUUCCAGUCCUGCAGCAGGAUGUUCGGUACUGUAUUUCCAUACUGGUGUGUGCUUAAUCUAUGUUCAACUAAAUGUUUCUGCAACCAGAAAAACUAUGUUGGAAUGUGAAAUGAAACUAAGAUCAGUAUAGUGGGUUAGCAUGGGUGAACUGAAUAUAAUACAGAUGUAUCUGAUGCUAUCAUGAUGCCAGCAGAUGUUGCAACAUGUCCUAGUUUAAUAACUCAUUGUAAGGAUUUAGAAACUUUGAAGUCCAACUCAUGAUGUUGUAACUGUGCUGUUUUCUAACUUUUGUUCAGAAUUAAGCUGUGGAAUAUUUUAGGGUCUCCUCCGCUUUUACUUUUUGUUUUUCCCUGAGACAAAUCGGAUAUGUUCUCUGGCCAGUUUAACAUCUACACUCCUAUUGUUGCUUUGUACAGUGUAAUUUGCAGUGUAGAAAAACGAAAUAACAUCUUCCUUAAAGAACUUUAUUUCUA